AUGGAAGCCUGGGUUUCAGACGCAAUUGCCCGGGGAGGAAGGCGUCAGUACUCUGGAGAAGUGUUGGCAGGCGGUCUUGGCAGCGUGAAGUUGGAAGUACUGCGCCUCACUUCACAGCUUUCAGGGUAUGAGAAGCGUCAGUACCACCCAAAAGAGACUGAGCUAAGUAAAAACUCAAACAGUUUUAUUUGGAACAUGUGCCAGAACACUUUGACAAGUGCAUUUAAAAACUAUUUCCUGAUGGCAGAAGCUGAGGAAGAUUGUCUUUCUGAUACUGCCAGAACAGAAGAUGAUGAUGAAAAUGAAAGCUCUGCUGAAACAGAUCUGCAGGCACAACUCCAGAUGUUCCGAGCUCAGUGGAUGUUUGAGCUUGCCCCUGGCGUAGGUUCUGGCAGUUUAGACAGUCGACCUUGCAGAGGAUCAGCAAGAGGCGCUUUACUGAAAGCAGAUACCAAAGGAAAGCAAGAACUGGCAAAAGAGGAAAAGUUAAGUAUUAUGGACACUGCUCCCUUAAAAGUGUAUGUACUAAAAGUGACUGCUGAUGACAGCCCAUACUGCCUCACCAGCAAUGAGACUGCUCGAGAACUCUUCCUGAAAGCAGUAGAAGAAGAACAAAAUGGAGCUCUUUAUGAAGCCAUCAAGUUUUAUCGUAGGGCUAUGCAACUUGUACCUGAUAUAGAGUUCAAGAUUACUUACACCCGGUCUCCAGAUGGUGAUGGCGUUGGAAACAGCUACAUUGAAGAUAACGAUGAUGAUAGCAAGAUGGCAGAUCUCUUUUCCUACUUCCAACAACAACUUACAUUUCAGGAGUCUGUGCUCAAACUGUGUCAGCCUGAACUUGAGAGCAGUCAGACUCACAUUUCAGUGCUACCAAUGGAGGUCCUCAUGUACAUCUUCCGAUGGGUGGUGUCGAGUGACUUAGACCUCAGAUCAUUAGAGCAGUUGUCACUGGUGUGCAGAGGAUUCUAUAUCUGUGCCAGAGACCCUGAAAUAUGGCGUUUGGCCUGCUUGAAAGUUUGGGGCCGAAGUUGUAUUAAACUUGUCCCCUACACAUCCUGGAGAGAGAUGUUUUUAGAAAGGCCACGUGUUCGAUUUGAUGGGGUGUAUAUCAGCAAAACGACAUACAUUCGCCAGGGAGAACAGUCUCUUGAUGGUUUCUAUAGAGCAUGGCACCAAGUGGAAUAUUACAGGUAUAUAAGAUUCUUUCCUGAUGGCCAUGUGAUGAUGUUAACAACUCCUGAGGAGCCUCAGUCCAUUGUUCCUCGUUUAAGAACUAGGAAUACCAGAACUGAUGCAAUUCUACUGGGCCAUUAUCGCUUGUCACAAGAUGCAGACAAUCAGACCAAAGUAUUCGCUGUGAUAACUAAGAAAAAAGAAGAAGAGAAACCACUUGACUACAAAUACAGGUAUUUUCGUCGUGUCCCUGUACAAGAAGCAGAUCAGAGUUUCCACGUGGGGCUACAGCUGUGUUCCAGUGGCCAUCAGAGGUUCAACAAACUCAUUUGGAUACAUCAUUCAUGUCAUAUUACCUACAGAUCAACUGGGGAGACAGCAGUCACUGCAUUUGAGAUUGACAAGAUGUACACUCCCCUGUUCUUUGCCAGAGUGAGAAGCUACACCGCUUCCUCAGAACGGCCCCUGUAG